CUUUAAACACGAUACUGCAUGCUUUACCGGCGCAUUGUCCCAUUUAAAAUGCAUACAAUUUAGAAGUCGGUUUAUUUUGCAGUAUUCAUGUGAAAUAACAAUGUGUCGACAGUUACAGGUCGUCGGCUAGAAAAAACCGAACACAUCAUUUACGUUAAACCAACGUCAUGUUCAUGCACUAAAAUAGCGAUAUACGAUGGCUUUACUUACCCGAAUACAUGCAUUUGAAUGCAGUGACGAAGGCAUAGAGGAAUGUCUUGAGCGUCCAUUGCUCAACAAUGAAAAAGAGUAUUUAAAAGCUGAACGUAGCAGAGUCGUUUUUACUCCAAAGAAGUACAAUACCACCAAUGAAGGAUUUCAAAAUGAGCCAGAGCAUGCAUUUCCAGUGAGAGGAAAUUGCACAACGCUUAAUGAGAACAGCAUAGGUUGUCUGAAACCUGGCGACCAUGUAGCAUGGCAACGUACUUACGUAAUAUGGCACCACGCAAUUGUACUCAAAAUUAAUACUUCAAACAGAAUGAUAUUAGUUGCGCAUUGGAAAAAAGUAAACGACGAACAAAGCACAUAUCAAAUUACUGAAGAAUGGGUCCCGUCGUCGCAAAACGGUCAAUUUUAUCGCAUUGACUACGAAAAUGAGAUAUCGACACAGAAUCCAACCGCCCUUGUUAUAUAUAGGGCACGUUGUGAAAAAGGUAAAACAAACUAUAAACUGUUAAAUAACAACUGUGAAUCAUUUGCGACAUACUGCAAGACUGGACAAUAUGAGAGUUCUCAGGAACAUUGGUUUUGGCACAAUAUAAAGCAAGCGAUUGUCGAAGCUUCAUCAGCUUUAUGCAAGUAUUUAGUGACGGUGGGAGGAGAUUUUGCGAGAGAGAUGUCUAACAUGACUUUAGUAGAGGUUAGGAACAAAUACAUCAGUGGAACCGUCGCCUUUGCCGAAACAGUGGAGAAACUAAAAAACGCAACCAAUAUUGUAGGGGCAGCCAUUGUUGUUUCCAUAGAAGGUUUCUUUUUGAUUUGGGACUUGAGUAAAAUGUACGAGCGAAGAAGAGAUGGUAGAAUUUCUAAAAAUACAUUCCUUGACUUUGCCUCCCAACGAUUUUGUAUAGCUUUAUUUGGCGCUGGACUUUGUAUCGGUGGUAGUGUAGUUGGAGCAACACUAGGUGGAGCUUUAGGCGGGUUAGCUGGUAGCGUAGUGCCACUUGUUGGAACAGCAUAUGGAGCGACAAUAGGAGCAUUCUUAGGAAGUGUUAUCGGUGGGGUUCUUUCAGGUAUCAUUGGCCGCGCAUUAGGUGCUCUGGUUGGACCAUACGUAAGUAAAGUUUUCAAAAAAAGAGACGAUAGAAAAACCGACAUAUCUGCAAUUAAAACUGGGGACCAUAUUGUGGUUUAUGGAAAUAUGUUUCACCAAAAUUGUAACGCUAUUGUUAUUGAAAGAUCAGGGACCACAAUUACUGUCAUUCGCAACACAUAUUCCGGGGGAGUUGUGGAAGAAGAAAUCACAAUAAAUGAUGGUGAUAAAGUUUCUAAAAAGGAAUACAGCCAGUCUGAAAGCUAUGACCCGGCAGUCGUAGUAAUUAGAGCCAAGUCUCAAAUUGGACAGCAAUAUUAUUCAUACUGGUCAAACGAUUGUGAACGAUUUGCCUAUUGGUGUAAAGCUAAAAAUUAAAAAAUCAAAAGACGUUCAACAUUUUUCUUUUUUAAAUCUGUUAAAUAGAAAUAUUCGCUUUUCGAGAAAACGAUUGUGUAAAAUAUAUUUCACGUUUAAAGCUUUAUUGAGCUCGAGAGUUAUGCAAUAUGAAUGUAUUUCUAUAGCAAUAUAUCCAUAUUACCAUUUAUCAUAUAACAAUCCCGAAUUGUCAUGUUAUGAGUUUGUAUAUCUUGUCAGCUUUUAAAUAAGACAAUGUUAAGAGGCAAGUUUUACAAUUUAGAAUCAAAAUGAGAUCGGCAGCGCCAAAAUUAGUUUGAACAAAAAAUCUAUUCUAAGAUCAUCUAAAAAUGAUUAUUUAAUUAAUAACUAUAUUCUGAUAUUAAAUUAUGCUUGUGUUGGAUCUUAUACAUGCUGUCAAUAUAUCUGACCUCAUGGUUACAUGUAGCUCAACAUGCAAUUAAUUAUACUAACGUACAAUAACGACGCACAAACAUGUGAGCAGGUAUUCCAACAUCUUUAUUGUUUUUAUCACAUUUACAAUUAAAAUGUGUAUGUGGUACGAAUACUAUCAUAAGAUGACGUCAUUGUGUAUACUAUUAUAUGAUAUCAAUUCCUAUUUUCCAAACUGCUCUUGUGCUUGUUUCAUGUUUAAAUUACAUAUCGCCAUGAUUAAAACAACAUCAAUCUUAAAAGGUUUUUAUCAUAUAAUCGAUAGAUUAUAGAUGUUGACUCAGAUACUGCUGUAUGCGUUAAUAAAGUACAAUUAUCUUUCCAGAUUUUUCGUAUGUAACGCGUAACAACUCAAAUCUAAAUUAAACGUGUGGAAAAUCAUCAUAUAAUUUGUAUAACAUACGAAAAGUUUCGAUUGGCAUUACGAAAAACGAUUUCACAUUAAUAGUGGACGUACUUCAGUGUUUUUUUUGUCUGUGUGUUUACAUAUUAUGUAUAUUUUAUUUACAUUGUGACAAAAGGACAUUCUUUUUUGUCAGAGAGAAGAGAUCAAUGAGAACGUUUUAGAAUAGUUUUACAACAGAACAUUUUGCAUAUUUUAAAAUCUUCGUUUGUUGGUAAAACGCAUAUCAAUAGAAUACUUUUGCAUUGUAUGAUUUUUCAUUCAUAAGUUCAUACAAGUUCAAAAGGUUAACGAAGGUCAAGUUAGCAAUCACUUAUGUCGCAUCACAUUUCCUUUGUAUACCCUAUGUGUAACUCAAUUCAUCUUGAGUUCCAGAGAGAGGUAUUGUGUGUAACGCAUAUUUUUCAUAUCCGGCGGUAUAAUAAUGUGAGAUCUAGAGAAUACAAAAACUUUCCUGCUUCACAUUUCGGCCAAAAUAUCUUUCACUCUUUUAUUUAUUGUUCUCAUUUUUUCUCGCUUAAACUUCACAAAUUAGUACGGCCCAACCUAUUUCAAUGUGAAAGAUACUCUCCUUACAAGAUUACUGGGUAACGUAAUAAAACGGAAAAUAAUGUUCUACAUAAAUUCAUCGCCAUGAAUGCUGAAUUAUUUUUGUGCGAAAUAGUUUUUAGAGCAAUAUGCAUUGUAUAAGAGAAGGUCGUUGCAAUUUAUUUUUUAUGCCCUCGAAGGAGGGCAUAUAGUCAUUGGAACGUUCGUCUGUCCAUCUGUCUGUCUGUCUUUCCGUCACACUUUGCGUUUAGUUUUUGCGUUUAGGUUUCAAGAAAUGCUCAUAACUUCUAUAUCGCUUCAGAUAGCAACUUGAUAUUUGGCAUGCGUGUGUAUCUCAUGGCGCUUCAUAUUUUGAGUGGUAAAAAGUCAAGGUCAAGGUCAUCCUUCAAGGUCAAAGGUCAAAAAACAAAUCCAAGGGAAGUAAUAAGCUUCAACGGGAGAUAAUUAUCUGUACCUGCCAAAUAAUAUUGUUUUUAUAAAUCAAAGCGGCGCAGAAAGGGGCAUUGUGUUUCUGACAAACACAUCUCUUGUUCGCAACUGGAACACACACGAAGGUGCAUAGCAAACAGAUGUAUUAGUUUUAAGGCGGCGCAAAUAAUAAACAAACACUGUCACCUUUACAGUUAACAUUACUUUCCAUCUACGUGUAUCCAGUUCUCCGCUGAACGUUAUUAGCCAUAACUGCUACAUAUUAGUUCAAACUCGGUAUGAGUACCAUACACGACAUUGGGCAUGAUAUAUACAAUAACACUUGUAUAUUUAAGACAACUACACAUGUAGUGAACAGGAACAUACAUGAAGGUUAGAUUGUUUAUCAAUUUAAAAGUGCUUUUUUUUAGAUUUUGUUAGAGUUUUGAAAGUAUUUCUUUCCAAGAUUUCGAGAUUCUAACGCAUUUUACAGAUUGUACAACAAAGAAAAGUGAACGCAACUAUUGUCAGUGCUCAAAUACUUGCAAAUUCGCUUGCGGUAUAAUAAAACGAACAUAACAAAUAUAUUAUAAUAAAAUUCAAAACGUGGUUGUAGGAAAAUUAUUGGUACACAUGCUACACAAACAUGUCAUACAUACAGAAUACUGUUACUUGUGUAAAUUAAUAAAAACCAAUAUUUAAUUUAACAAACUGUUUUUAUCAAUAUACCGUUAGUAUCGUUAUUGUGUUGCUUCUGAUGCGUAUUUCAUUUCGAACAUUUAGAUUGUCGCGAAAUCUGGUUUGAAAACACAUAGUAAACAUGGAAAUGGUUUGUCAUGGGUACACCAUAACGUACAUGAAAAUGAAGUGUAACAUUUCCUUUCAUUACACUUGAACUUAUUGUCGUCGGUUUUCGAAUUCUUAUCUAAUUUUGGUCACCUGUUUACAUUGUUUUGUUGACAAUCGAUAAAUUCGGGUUGCUACACAAGAUGAAGUAGAAAUAAGGAAGCCAUUUGGUAACAAAGCUUAAAAUCGUCUACUUAAAAGUAUAUACAAAUACAAAAAGUGAAAAAUGAUCAAAUGAUUUGCAUUAAGUUGUUUGAAUGUUGUAUAUUUCAUUUGAUGAUUUUUAAAUCCCAAUUUAUGUUUUCUUUAAAUAUGUUGUUAUUUAAAUACAAUUUAAAAUUUAUUAAAACAUCAUUUUAGAGAGACAGACAUUUUCAUUUAAUGAAAUGCCAGCACUAAUGUUCGUUGUACAUGUCUCAAACACCAUGCAUAUCGUACUGCGUCUGAAUUAUUGCAAACUGUAGAAUAUAUUUUAAAGGUUGUGAUAUAGUGAGGAUUAGUACGUUAGAAAUAAGCGUUACAAUGUGCUUGUUUAACUUUACUGUUUUAAACUUCAUCCAUCCUGAUAAGACAACAAGAACGGCAUCGCGAAAAUAGAAUAUAAGAAUGCGUUUUCGUACAUAGUUUUUCAUGUUGGUACUAUAUUUAUGCAAACUGUAAAUAACGUGUCCAAAGUAAUAUUGUUCUUGUAAAUAUGUGUUUGAAUUUGGCAAAUAUUGUUUAUAAAGUUCUCUAUACUUAAUUUGUAUAAUAAUUUCAUUAAACAAUUUAACAAGUAUAUUCAUUAAUGUCAAAAUAAAGUAAGCUUUUUACUUAAAUCUUUAAAUUGGAAUUCCAUUAUCCAAGUCGUCAUGUUAAAGAAUUGUUUAUAAAUUAAAUUGAUAUAACAUAUAAUCUUAGAUGAAGUACCAUAUAACCAAAAUAAAAUUAGAAAUAAUAUUGUUAUUUCCGCUUGUUUGCGAAAAAUAACUUCCACAAUGUCAUCCACUUUUUUAUUGUGCAUGAUAAGAGGCUUUAUUUGUGUUGUAUUGUUGACCUAUAUAUG